GUGAGAGCUUCCAGCUAAAGAUCUCAUUCGGAUCUUCUCUCUUCCCCUUUCUCUCUCUAAACUCUCUGUUUUCUCUCUCUAAUCUCUCUCCACCCAAAAUCUCACCCCCCGAUAAUCUGCGCAUUUUCGCCACUCUGCUAAUACGGACUGAGGUUCGGAAUCAGUAAUUACUUCGCUUUGGAUUACUCGGAACAAAGCUUGACUUAGGGGCACAUACAAAAUCGACAAGCUCAGAUUAUUUUGUUGGAUUGGUUACAUGCAAUAAAUUUCUUUUGAUAUUUGACUGGAAGCUUGGAGCUCUGUUGCAUCAUCAAUAUCUGGACGAGUUCUUUAUAUUUGGGUUUCAGCAAAAAAUGCUGAAUUAUAGUCUUUUGAUCCUGGAUUGGUAGAGGCUUAUAUGGGCACUCAUAGUUAUACUCUCAGCUCCCACCUUAUGUAAAAAGGUUUAUGGCAACUUCAAAUGAAAAGUGGAUUGACAGUUUGCAGUUUUCCUCAUUGUUUUGGCCUCCUCCACAAGAUGCAGAACAACGAAAGGCUCAAGUUACUGCUUAUGUUGAAUACUUUGGCCAGUUCACCUCAGAACAAUUUCCUGAUGAUAUAGCUGAGCUUAUCCGAAGCCGGUAUCCUUCUAAGGAGAUCAGACUUUUUGACGAUGUUCUGGCAACAUUUGUUCUUCACCAUCCAGAGCACGGCCAUGCUGUUAUUCUCCCAAUUAUUUCAUGUAUUAUUGAUUGCUCGCUUGAAUAUGAUAGGAGUAGUCCUCCAUUUGCGUCUUUCAUUUCCCUGGUUUACCCCAAUAGUGAGAAUGAGUAUUUGGAGCAGUGGGCCCUUGCAUGUGGGGAAAUAUUAAGAAUUUUGACUCACUACAACAGACCAAUAUACAAGUUGGAACAACAGGACAGUGACACAGAUAAAAGGAGCAGUGGAGACCACGCAUCAACUAGUAAUUCGACAGAUGGAGAAGCUGAUUUCCCUCCCACUCAACCAGAGAGGAAGCCGCUGAGGCCAUUGUCUCCCUGGAUAACUGAUAUACUGCUUGCAGCACCUCUUGGUAUUAGAAGCGAUUAUUUUCGGUGGUGCGGAGGUGUGAUGGGAAAAUAUGCAGCUGGAGAACUGAAACCACCUACGACUGCUUCUUCUCGUGGAUCUGGAAAGCAUCCCCAGCUCAUGCCAUCAACUCCAAGGUGGGCUGUUGCCAAUGGUGCUGGAGUUAUACUUAGUGUAUGUGACGAAGAAGUAGCUCGUUACGAAACCGCUACAUUGACAGCAGCUGCUGUCCCUGCACUUCUGCUGCCCCCACCAACUACGCCUAUGGAUGAGCAUCUUGUGGUUGGUCUGCCAGCACUUGAGCCCUAUGCACGCCUGUUCCAUAGAUAUUAUGCAAUUGCUAGUCCGAGUGCCACCCAAAGGCUGCUUCUUGGACUGCUAGAAGCUCCACCAUCCUGGGCUCCAGAUGCACUUGAUGCUGCUGUACAACUAGUUGAACUCCUUAGAGCAGCUGAAGACUAUGCCACAGGCAUGAGGCUUCCAAGGAAUUGGAUGCACUUGCAUUUCUUACGUGCAAUUGGGAUUGCAAUGUCUAUGCGAGCUGGUGUCGCUGCAGAUUCUGCAGCUGCUUUGCUUUUUCGGAUUCUUUCUCAACCAGCUUUACUUUUUCCUCCAUUGAGACAAGUUGAUGGAGUUGGAGUUCAGCAUGAACCUCUAGGUGGUUAUAUUUCAUCUGAACUAAAGCUGCAAAGAGAAUUGCCUGCAGCAGAAGCUACUGUCGAAGCUACUGCUCAAGGGAUUGCAUCUAUGCUUUGUGCACAUGGCCCAGAGGUUGAAUGGAGAAUAUGUACAAUAUGGGAAGCUGCUUAUGGUUUGAUUCCCUUAAGUUCUUCUGCUGUUGAUCUUCCUGAAAUCAUAGUUGCAACACCUUUGCAGCCUCCCAUAUUAUCGUGGAACUUAUACAUUCCUCUUCUUAAAGUACUUGAGUAUCUUCCUCGUGGAAGUCCAUCUGAAACCUGUCUAAUGAAGAUAUUUGUUGCUACUGUUGAAGCAAUUCUACAGAGAACAUUUCCGCCUGAGUCUUCUAGAGAACAAAUUAGAAAAAGUACAUUUUCUUUUGGGUCUGCUUCGAAGAAUCUUGCUGUGGCUGAACUCCGCACAAUGGUCCACUCACUAUUCUUGGAAUCAUGUGCCUCUGUAGAGCUAGCUUCCCGCCUUCUCUUUGUUGUGUUAACUGUCUGUGUCAGCCAUGAAGCACAGCCCAAAGGCAGCAAGCGAGCUAAAGGUGAAAAUUCUUAUUCUGAAGUAGGCCAAGAUGUACAAGGAACAAAUGGAAAGCAACGAGAAGCAGACAGAAAACAGGGUAUGAAACAGGGGCCUGUAGCAGCAUUUGAUUCUUAUGUUAUUGCCGCGGUUUGUGCUUUAUCCUGUGAACUCCAGCUUUUCCCCUUGAUCUCGAAAGGAAGUAAUCACUUAGAUGCUGUGAAUACUACUGACGUAGCUAAGCCUGCAAAAGCAAUUGACGUGUCCAAUGGGUUGAGGAACGGUAUUGAUUCAGCUGUUUAUCACACUCGCCGAAUACUAGCAAUUCUGGAGGCGCUUUUUUCUUUGAAGCCAUCUUCCAUCGGCACAUCUUGGAGUUACAGUUCAAAUGAAAUAGUGGCUGCUGCCAUGGUUGCAGCUCAUGUUUCUGAUUUGUUUAGACACUCAAAGGCUUGCAUGCGUGCUCUUUCUAUCUUGAUAAGAUGCAAAUGGGACAAUGAAAUUCACUCUAGGGCAUCUUCCCUUUUCAAUCUAAUUGAUAUUCACAGAAAAGUUGUUGCUUCGAUUGUAAUUAAAGCAGAACCAUUGGAGGCACACCUACUGCAUGCACCUGUGUCAAAGGAACAUAUGUCAUGUUUCCAUGGAAACAGAGUUGAUAGUUGUGCUAGCUGUCACCACUUAGAAACAGGUCAGCCAUCUUCAUUACAGUGUGAGAAGUUGCCUGGUUCUGACGCUUUGGUCAAUUAUCAGAAGGCCGAUUCCAGUGAGGUUGAGAGAUGUACGAUGGGCAAAGGAAUUGCAAGUUUACCUAUGGAUGCUUCAGAUUUGGCCAACUUUCUGACAAUGGAUAGGCAUAUAGGUUUCAGUUGCAGCGCACAAGUUCUUCUAAAGUCUGUCCUGGCAGAAAAACAAGAGUUAUGCUUUUCUGUUGUUUCAUUGCUCUGGCACAAAUUGAUUGUAUCUCCUGAAACACAACCAAGUGCUGAAAGCACAUCUGCCCAGCAAGGAUGGAGGCAGGUUGUUGCUGCACUCUGCAAUGUGGUAUCAGCAUCACCAGCGAAAGCUGCAACAGCUGUUGUUCUUCAGGCGGAGAGGGAAUUGAAACCUUGGAUUGCUAAAGACGACGAUCUCGGGCAAAAGAUGUGGAGAAUCAACCAGAGAAUUGUGAAAGUGAUUGUUGAAUUAAUGAGAAAUCAUGAGGCCCCAGAGUCGUUGGUAAUUCUGGCUAGCGCUUCAGACGUCCUCCUCCGUGCUACAGAUGGGAUGCUUGUUGAUGGUGAAGCAUGCACUUUACCUCAGCUGGAGCUGUUGGAAGUAACAGCCAGAGCAGUUCAACCAGUGCUUGAAUGGGGAGAAUCAGGAUUGGCAGUUGCAGAUGGCCUUACAAACCUGUUGAAGUGUCGCCUCCCAGCUACGGUUCGUUGUGUUUCUCAUCCAAGUGCUCAUGUUCGAGCUCUUAGCACAUCAGUACUUCGUGCUAUUCUACAUGCAGGAUCAACAAAGUCAAAGGGCAAACAAGUGGGCGUGAAUGGCAUUCAUCGUCCUCCAUUUCAGUACAUAAAUGUAGACGUCACUGAUUGGCGAGCUGAUAUCGAGAAGUGUUUGACUUGGGAAGCACAUAGCCGACUUGCAACUGGCCUGCCUAUUCAGUUUGUCAAUACUGCUGCAAAGGAAUUAGGCUGUACUAUAUCCAUUUGAAACUAGCUUUAACUUUUGAUGACUUCGUUAGAUUGUUCCGUCAGUGCAAGAGUAGAAAAGAGCUAUCAAAUCAUUUGAAGGACGGAAAGAAGUUGCUGCUCUUUAGGUGAUUACGGUUGGCGUACAGUACAGAGGACUGCCAACACAGUAUCGUCGGGGCUGAUGCCCUCCACUUCUGUUAUCGUGUGUAUCAGGUAUUAAUGUUUGUUCGAUCUUAUGACUCCGACUUGAUGACCAUUAGAUAUUGAACAUUGUGUUCAUCUUAAAACAGUUGCUCAGUUUCCAAUAGAUAUUUACUUGAAAUGUUUUCUGGUAAUUCUUCUGGUUUGUUAAAUGAUUUCAAUCCACUUUGUGGUCUGUUCACUCUUUGGAAAA